AUGAUCCUAACCAACGGCACGACCCGGUUGCAGCCGGGCGACCGUGUCAUGUUCGACAGGAAGUAUCCCGCUAUCGUCCGGUACUUUGGCAAGGUCGGCUCCUCGCCAAAGGUUUGGGUUGGCGUUGAGCUGCAGGAUCAGGUUGGCAAGAACGAUGGUUGCGCUGGCGGGAAGAGGUAUUUCAAGUGCAAGCCCGGCUACGGCAUCUUUGCCCUUCCAAGUCGCUUCACAAAACGACCCGAGUUGGAGAUUGGGUGCAAGGUGGUUGUGAAAAAGCAGUACGUCGGGACAGUUCGCUUCAUCGGAGAAACAGAGUACUCAACUGGCGAAUGGGUUGGCGUAGAACUGAAAGAUCCAGUUGGCAAGCAUGACGGGAUGUUCAGAGGCAAGCGCUACUUCACGUGCGCCAAGGGUCACGGCAUCUUUGCUCGACCAACACAGGUCGUGCGCGCCCUCAGCGACACCCACAGCACAGAUGGAAGAAGAACACAACGGCGGUCGAGGUCGUCCCCGGAUGCGGCUGCGCAGUCGCAGGACCUCAAGGACGCACUCGCAGAGCUGGACAAGUUGCGAGAGGAAAACUCUGGCUUGAAACGACAGGUUGAGGAUCUGCGGAAGCUUGUGGUGACGGCAGAGCAGCUGAGCCUGAGCGAGCACGUGCAGGACAUUUUGCCCGGAAACAUGGCGGAUCCUACGGAGGAGGAGAUUGAGCGGCGGUCCUCCUUCUCCUCGGGUGACGAGCGUCGUCUUGCGUCACGUCGUCGCACAUCACUGCGCAUGCGUGCACUCGCAUCAGCAUCGUCGUCGUCGCUAUCCAAAGCCGUUGGUGCCGCCGCUGGGGAGACGCAUGCGGCAGACACAUCCACCACUGCUGCAUCGACGCAGGCAGCGAUGGUCGGUACUCAGGAGGAGGCGGCAGCGGAGAGGGACAGUGAUGAGCGAGGAGAGAGUGGCGACUUUGGUGCGAGCGCGGGCGACGAGGACACAGCAGUUGCGGGCGAUGAGCAGGAAGCGGUAACAACGGAAGGUGAGGAGCAGCAGGGAGACAAGAAUGUAUUUCUCGGUGAGAGCCAGGACGGCGCCAGCUCCCCGAAGCACCACGACGACGAGGAGGAGGAGGAGGAGGAGGAGGAGGAUGGUGAUGGCGACGACGAUGUCACCGAGCUGCGAGAAGUUCUCGAGAGCAGAGAACAGGAACUCAAAUACAUGAAGCGGCAGGUUGCGUUUGAGCAGGCGAAGGUGAGCGAGCUUGCGAAGCUGCUGGACAUGGCGAAGCGGAGCCUGGUGGAGGGCGCUCGCCGCGAGACGGGCCUCAAGGACAGACUCAAGGCGGCUGAGCAGCGGCUGGAGAAUGCAGAGUUCAGCAUCGACGACUACGCAAUCCACGGGGACGCGGUGGAGGCGGAGCUGCAGGAGGCGCUCAGAGACAAGCAGGAGCUCAGCGACAGGCUUGCUGAGUGCCAGAUGGAGCUGCUUGAUGCGAAGACGGACCAGUUUACGGCGAUGACGGAGUGCGAGAUGAUGCGCCAGGACCUGCUGCAGCUGCGGCAACAGCUGAGCGGCGACACCGUCGUUGCCGUGGAGGUUGAUGGCGCCGAGGACAAGAACACACCGCAAACAGACGCGGCAGAUGCAGAGGAUGCAGACCAACAGACACAAGAACAAGACUCAGAGCAAGCGACGCUCGCUGAUGAUGUUGGUGCCGGCGAGCACGCAGGCCAGAGCGAAGCGCGCGUUGACACCAGCGAAGAUGGUGCAGAGUCGGACGGUGACGCGAGCCACCGCCGCCAGUUACAGUUGGAGGUCGCGGCAACAGAGCCCGAGCCCACGAGCGCAGAGGAGGAGGAAGAGGCGGAGGCGGCCUUCCUUGAGCGCCCGCCGCCGCCGCCCGGGGUUGACGCGUCGCUGUUCUGCACCAUCUGCGAGGAAUACGGGCAUACAGAGGACGACUGCGACGACACCAUCACCUUCUAGGACAAAACCACAGCAAACUCGCCAGGAGCAAACAGCUUUUCCUCUAUAUGUGUGUGUGUUUGUGUGUGAGUAUGUGUGUGUGUGUUUGUGUUUGUG